AUGUCUGAAGUUAAGCAGAGGAAGAAAGGUGUUUCUUCAUCCAAAAGCAAUGAAGGUUCACAAAAGGCUGAGAAGCACAGUAAUUGUGUGAAGCAGACAGGUCCCAGGACCAGCAAAACCCAGGGUUCCUUUUGGAUGGACUCACGGACAAGCUUGAACAUAAUUUGCCUUGCUGUUUGCUUGGCGCUCACCUGGUUCAUGUGUCAACACUCAAAUCAAUUUGCUGAUAUGGAAAAAAAGUAUAAUUUCUUACAGCAAGAAGCUGAAAAAUUCCUAGAUGUGGAAAAUAAAGUUAACUUAAUUUCUGAAAAGUGUGAAGAGACUUGGAACUUAAUGGAACAGCUGGAAGACCUUCAAAUAGUUUCUCAUAUUAAACAUCUGCAGGAAUAUAUUUAUACAAUGAAAACAUGGUCUAGCAGCAUAAUUAAAAAACAAGAAGAACUGCAAAAGAAUUUAACAACCCUUUUUCAUGCAGUUUCAAGUGUUGAACAGAAUGCAGCGUCUGUAGCAAAAAACAUAACUUUGAUGAUUGUGACGGUGAAAACUGACAUAAGGCGCAUUUCAGGCUUGGUCUCAGAUAUGACUGCGUUGGGAGAUGCUUUGCAAACACUAGAAGAUAAAGUAGAAAAAGGUGAAAAGAAGACAGUAAAAAAUAUAGGUGACCUGCUUACCAGUAGCAUCGACCGAAGCACAGAACUACAAAACUUAGCAUCCAGUAAUGCAAGAAAAAUUGAGCAAAUUAAGACAGCAUUGUCUGAGUUAAAGAAUUAUUUUAACAAGCAUUCGGAUAGACUUUUGAAUCUCGAAGGUGACAGAGCAAAAGUUCUGAAGACGGUUACAUUUGCAAAUGAUUUAAAACCCAAGAUAUACAAACUUAAAAAGGAUUUUGCCAUCUUGGAGCCAUUAAUAAAUGACCUAACACUGAGAAUAGGAAGACUAGUGGAGGAUGUAUUACAACGGGAGAAAGAAAUUGCUUUACUGAAUGAGAAAUUGGCCAAUCUAACAAGAGUUCAAACUGAGAUCAAAGAUAUGAAAGAUGAAAUAACCAAGAUUUCAGACAUGAAUUGAUCACUGUGAAUUGCCACUGCCUAAGGAACAGUAGUGUUUGAGGAGUGUGAACUCCAUCACAUGUAGUACUAAAAAGAAAGACAGUAUUUAAAGGCUUCAUUU